CCCAUUUUCCUCCACUUCCAGAAACCUAAACGGCCCGGACCUGCGUGGAAGCAAUCCUAUCUUUUUCUCGAACCAUCAAACCUUUACCAGCUACCGGGUUGAAGAAGACCAAGACGAGAACAACGCUAUAAUAUUCAUAUUUUGAUUUAAAAAAGCAGUAUAACACUGCCCGCUCAAGAGAAGUCGUUCCACAUAUACACACAUUGAAAUAAACCCAACCCAAACCGCCAACAUGGGUCUCUUCGGCGAGGGUUCCAUGUUCUCCGGCCGUUCAUCAAAGUCGAAAAGGCCACAGCCCUCGCAUCGGUCGUCAUCCUCCAGAAAAAGCAAGGAACAAAUCGAAACCAAGGAACGAGACCGGGAGCUCAGAACACGGGAAAAGGAACGAGAACGGGAAUCCAGGGAAAGAGAACGAGAACGAGAACUAGAACGCCAACGAGAACGAGAGAGGGACCGUGAACGUGAGCGGGAGCGGUCACCACCGCCAUCAAGAGCCCUCUUUUCUCCUCCAGAUGCCAGUGACAGCAGCGGGAGAAGGCGGAGGCAGGAGAGUUAUAGAGCGGAGAGGCAGGAGAGUUACAGAGGGGAUGAAGUGGCAAGACAAGGAGGAGUAGGAGUAGGAGCAGGAGGAGCAUCAGAAGGAGGAGCAGGAGGCUUAGUAGGCUUCCUAGCCUCUCUCCUCCUCGGCCACGACGACGACCUCGACGGCAUGGGAUACGGCAGCGACUCCGACUCUGACAACAAGCCGCGGCGCUCAUCUCCCAAGACUCCCGGGUAUUCCGAUCCAGACCGGUACGACAAUGACGGAGGAGCUCCGCGCGACUAUUUCUCUCUCUCCCGAAGGAACAGCAGCCGACUCAUCGACACUCUCGGCGGCAUCGGCGGCGGCACCCCGCGCAGCAGUCACCGUGACAGCAGACCAGAAAAGCCUCCGAAACGUCCAUCGUUCUUUAAAUCCUCCUCUUCUUCAGGCAGGCGAAGUUCAUUCUUUGCCAAGUUCCGCCGCUCCUCCUCCUCCUCCUCCUCCUCCUUCUACAAACGCUCCCCCCGCCCCCGCCUAAUCAAAAAACUCCUCAAAAAACUCAAGCGUCUCCUCCGCGACCUGGCCUACUACGCCCAGCGCCACCCCAUGAAAGUCUUCAUGCUAGCCAUCAUGCCGCUCAUCACCGGCGGCGCCCUAACCGGCUUACUCGCUAAAUUGGGCAUCCGUCUCCCGAAAAUCGUUGAUAGACUGCUGGCUUUGGCGGCCAAGUACUCGGCUGGCGACUCGCUGGGUGCCGUAGGGGAGGUGGCGAGGUUGGCGAGGGAUGGGAUUGGGCUUGGUGGUGUUCUUGGUGGUGGUGGUUCCGGUGGUGGUUCCGGUGGUGGUAGUGGUGGUGGCGCGGGGGCGGCAGCAGCGAUGAUGGGGAAUGCAAUGGCUCGGGGGUUUAACACGACGAACGUGGAAAGAGGUCGGAGAGGAGACGGAUUGGUGUGGGAGAAGAGGACGAUGGAGAGGGAUGGGGUGUUUGGGCCGGGAGGGCCGGGGGUGAGUUGGCAGGAAGGGUUGAGGAGCGUUUUGAAGAUGUUAUCGGAUUAGGAGGAAGGCUUUGAGUGACAACCAAGGGUGGACAUGUCUCUUAGUGUUUGGGUGUUUUUGGCGUUUUGCGGGCCGGGAGGACCCAGUUUCUUCUCUUUUGGGUAUGUGGUAUGUGGUACAUGAGGUACGAGACAUGGCUGAUUUGUCGUGUCUACUUUUCUUGUUUUUGGUUGUUGGUGGUCCUGGGCGGGUUUGAGCUUGUCAGGGAGCAGCGGUUACGUCCUCUGCAUCAC